AUGGCUACCUUCUACAAUCAUGACAACGACAGCGAUGCUCGCGAGCGGUCACAUCGCAAAGACAAGGUUUCAUCACCGCUGAUUACCGAAUUUCCUCCCCAUCGAGGCCGAAAAGGCGUCAGCAGCGAAGAUAAUUCGGUGGCCGCAUAUCCAGACCACCAUGGCCGCCAGCCGUUGAUCGGUUGGGGAAUCGCGUGGGCGACACCUGCGCUGUCAAUCGCCUGCAUUCUGGCGAGCUUGGGCAUCAUGCUGGGCCAUCACUUCUACUACAAGAGUCUGGAAGCUACGACAGUUAUGUCGACGAGCCAGCAGCAAUGGGCCAUCCGCAUUGGCACAGGUCUGGCAACGCUGAACAAGAUUGUGCUUCUGACACUCUUGGGGAUGGUGGCCACGCAGCGAAUUUGGAUGACGGCACGGAGCAAGUUUGUUACCAUUGAGGGUCUUGAUUGCAUGUUCAGGAUCAUCAAUGAGCCCUCGGCGCUUUUGAGUCUGGAGGUCUGGAAGAAGGGGAAGCUGCUCCUCGUCCUCGCCUUUGUUUGUUGGCUCCUACCGCUUGCCGUCGUCGUCACUCCAGCUACGCUAUACGUUCAACCGAUCCAAAGCAUCGAUACCAUCACCGACCAAGUCCCCAUCGUCAACAUGUCCGACCCGACAAACUGGUACCUCGCUGCUGGCGUUGGCCGCAUCACAGACGCCAGCAUCGCCCUCCGACGCCUCUUCUCUGCCAUGUACUCGUCCAACUCAUUCCUCCCCAUCGAGGCCCCGCGGCCGAACGCGACAUACGACCUCAGCUUCUGGGGGCCGUCCUACAGAUGCCAAAAUCUGAGCGAAGUCGAGGCACUCCCGGCAACGUGGAAUACUGUUUCUGUAUCCAGUAAUUACUCCACCUACGGAGCGGCGUGGAAUGGUCUGAUCAGGAAGCCCGUCACCAACAGGACGGGAGCACAGAUCAUCUACAAGUCUGUGGCGCCAAUGUUCAUGGACAGCACCAUCUUUGUCUGGUCAGAAGGUAGGAACGACGAAUGGGAUAAGAAUCCAGCGGUCAAGAACACGUCCUUGGUCUGCCAGUUGUACAACACCUCGUACGACAUCUCCCUCGAGUUCGACAACGGCAUCCAGACCAUCAUUCCCACCUCGGUCAAAACUAUCCACGCCUUCAACUUCACAGAGUCAGAGGGCGCAUUCAACGUUGUUAAAGGCUACACCAGUGUCGCUGCUUCAUACGUCACGCAGAUCUUGUUUAGCAAAUACUUCUUGGUGGGCGAGCUGACCCGCGGUGCGGCUGGGGACAUCUUGGGUGACCUGCCCAUGAUGCAGUCAAAACUCGCCUAUUGCCCGGAAGUGUGGGAUGGCCUGAGCGCAGACGAAGUAACGGAGGAUUCCGAGACUGUCAAAACCAAUACCUGCCCGCAAAAGACUCUAGCUGCAGCAAUUGAGGACCUGUCGAGGAACUUCACAUACAGCGUGAUGGCGAGCGGCUAUAACUUGAAAUCGUACUCGACCGAAGUUCCCCUGACAGUAGUAACACAUCGGAACGUCUACGCCUAUAAUGAACGGACACUCUUAGCGGUCUAUGUUGCGUGCUUUGGCGUCGCGUUGACUUGGCUCAUCAUCGGGGCCGUGACAGUCCACAUAAACGGCUACGUCAGCAGCUCAUCAUUCUCGACCAUCAUGGUCUCUACCAGAAACAAAGACUUGGAUCAGCUUGCCACGGGAUACUAUUUAGGCGCUGAAUGGUUGCCGCGCGAGGUGGGUAAUCAAAAGGUCAUGUUUGGCAACCUUGGCGAGAAGGGGCCAUACGUACAUGCUGGUUUCGGCCUCGAAGGUACGGUUUCUCCAUUGAAGAAGGGGCAGUAA